AUGCACCGAUGGCACCUGGACGCUUGGGGCGAUGCCUCGGAGGACAGGCUCCAGCGGCUCCGCCCAGACUCACCCCAGGCACCCCUGGGCCACCCCCUCAUACAGCAGGCUCUGUGCUGGGGUCCCAGCUGGAAGAGAGCUGAGACUGGCCUCUGCACCCCGACCCUGAGCUGGAGUCCACAAGAGCGGUUGUCUCUGCACCUGUGUGAGCAGCAGCUGGGCGGGAGGGUCUCAGCACACCCUCCCCAAUCCCAGAGGACCGUGGGCCAUGUUCCAGAGCCACUCAGUUCCAGUCUUGGGACAGGCGGGCUCUGGGAUGAGUCGGUGUGCCCGCAGAAAGUGUGCUACGCCUUCCCAUGCCAGGCAGGGCAGGUCUGUUGUCCUGUGCGCCCCGGCCCUGUGGGGCUGUCCUGGGGUGAUUCCCGCGUGCCCAGCCCACUUCUAGACAACAAAGACACCUCGGUUUUGGCCCCUUUUGUGGGGGUGGGGGAUUGGAACUGGCGAAUUAAAGGAAUUGGACCUGGGUGGCCGGGGCCGGCCUCCUUGUCCCUGGCAGCACUGACCGCAGUCCGGCAGCAGGACCUGUGGGGUCGUGGGGCAGGGGUGGCCCCGGACCGGGCCUCCGUGGUGUCUGGCUCGAGUGUGGCCACAGGCAGGCGUGCCCCGUGGGGAAGCCCCCCUGGGACGGCCCCCACGCCCCAGGGCGUCCGGCUCAGGUGGGCCUGGCUGUACUCUGCCACCCUGGGACUCCUGGCCUUCCUCCUGUGCCCCGACCAGAGGGCCAGCGAUCGCUCCCACCCAGGCCGGCAGCACUUGCCUGGGGUCUGAACAGCCCCUGGACCC